AUGCAUACAUUGAAGCUCAAUGGUAAUCAUUUGAGAGGAGUUAUUCCCUCAUCCAUUUCAGAAGGCCGAUCUCUGCAAGUAUUGGAUUUGGGAAAUAAUGAUUUGGAAGGCACCCUUCCCCACUGGAUUGGAAAGCUAUCACAGCUGCAUGUGUUGGUCUUAAGGUCUAAUCAUUUUCAUGGCAGUAUCCCACGCCAGGUAAUUGGCCUUCCGAAUCUUCAAAUUCUGGAUCUUUCUGGCAACCACCUUUCAGGAGCUAUUCCAAGCAACCUUACAAACCUGCUUGCAAUGGUCAAUGCAUCGCAGAAUAAUUCAAACCAUCUCGAAGAAUACAGUUCAAGUGGUGCUACAUAUACAAAUCAGAUCAAAAUUUCCUGGAAAGGCUGGGAUGUUGAAUUUGUGAAAGUUCUCUUUAUUCUUAAAUGUAUUGAUCUUUCAAACAACAGUUUAUCAGGGAGCAUUCCUUUUAAAAUGGGAUCUCUUCAAGGCUUGAUAGCCCUUAACCUUUCAAGGAAUCAUCUCAGUGGCCGAAUCCCAAAAACAUUGGGACACAUGGAACAACUAGAGUCUCUGGACCUCUCGCUAAACAGGUUGAAUGGCAACAUUCCCUUAGAACUUGAGUUCCUGAGUUAUUUGGAGUUCUUGAAUCUAUCUUACAACAUGCUUGAUGGAAAAGUACCCCAUGGAGGACAGUUCCUAACUUUUGGGGAGUCGUCCUACUUAGGCAAUCUUAAGCUAAGUGGGAUUCCAUUUACCAAUAUAAGCGUCUGCAACAACUCUUCUGGCUAUGGCAACUGCACAAGUAUUGAGAGAAUUGGUGAAGCAAAGAAUUCAGAUGGUGAAAUGAUAGGAUGGGCAGUCGGACUUGGAUUGAGUUAUGGUUUGGGAUUCUCUGUUGUGAUUGGAGUAUUGACUUUAAAUAAGAGGGUGAGAAAGAGAGCCUUCGAUUUUUAUGAUGUUGUAAUUUUAGCUAUUGAUGGGUGUAUAAGAGGUUAA